AUGCCGCUCUCCCCGCACGCUAGCUCGUUCACCGUCUGCCACGCCACGGCGGUGUGGAGGACGACAGACAAGCGCUGCAUCUGGAAAAGAAAUCCGCGCCGUAUCGCGGCUUCACGCCACGCCGAUGGCCUCCCACGCAUCGGCGCCCGCCUGUCUGGCCUCUCGCCAGAGCAGCUCGUCGCUUUCAUCGACGAGCAGGCGCCUCUCUGGAGCGCCGCCGCAAUGCGCGUGGCGGAGGAGCACGUCGCACGGCUCGUGGAGCAGCCCGAGUGGGUGCUCUCCGAGGUCCUCCUCUCCCCGGACCUUGUCCCGCACAUCCUCGCCCAGCUGCCGACCAAGGAGCACGCCGCCAAGGGGACGAGACGCUGA